AUGCGAGAUCCCUCUUCGAUCGAGAUGGACGACAUCCACGAUCCACAGCCAGAUACAAGCGUCGAUCGGCGACUGCAACGUAAACGAUCGCAACGACAUGUACGACAACACCUUGUCGGCAACAGGCUGUUCCAGUUGUUUCCCGAACGGCUGAAGCCGAUGAUCCAAGGAGAAUCGCCCAACAAGGAGGUGUCGGGAUCCGCCCUAGCGCCAGUAUUCCACGUGGAUCGGCGGCCCCGUGACGGCCUCGUCGUCGUACUUCCAUAG